GGCCACGCUCAGUGUAGGGUUCCGUAGUUACUCUUCCGUCACAAUAAGCUAAACUGGAGCUUAAAGUAUAGUAAAUUGUUAACCAAGGGAUGAAACGGUACUUUUCACCCGAGUUAAACAAAUAGGCAAAUUUGCAUAAUCAGUACCUAAUUAAAGUAAGUCUUUUUACUAUGAAGAGAAAACUUUUUGCGAUAACUCAAAAACAGCUAAACUGAUCAUGUCCGCUAUAGUUUUCAUUUAAUGUCUUUCUUAAGCUCUAGUUCCACAAUUUUUUUCAUAUUUUUUGGACCUAUGGUUCAAAAGUUAGAGGGGGGGACACAUUUUUUUUUCUUUCGGAGCGAUUAUCUCCGAAUAUAUACACUUUAUCAAAAAAUGUUUGUUGAAGACCCCUAUUAGUUUUGAAAGACCUUUCCAACGAUACCCCACACUGUAGGGUCGAAGCAAAAAAAAACACCCCCACUUUACGUGUAGGGCAGGUACCAUCAAAAAAAUUAAAUUUUUAAAUUUUAUUGUACGACUUUGUCGGCUUUAUUGUUGUAUUUAUCCAUGCCGAAUUUCAGCUUUCUAGCACUAACGACCACGGAGCAAAGCCUCGGACAGACAGACAGACAGACAGACAGACAGACAGACGGACAUGGCGAAACUAUAAGGGUUCCUAGUUGACUACGGAACCCUAAAAAGGUAACAGACAGGCAGAUUUACUUUGGUUGAUUUAGCCCCGCUACCCCGCAGCCAGACCUGCAGUUCUAAGUUAUGGUAUAUAGUAGGUACAUUUUUUUAUGAUUAGAGGCAAACGAGCAGGCGAUCGCCUGAUGGCAUGCGCCAACCGGAGUCUCCUUUUAGAGGGGUAAGCUCUUAAGCCUGCUUUCCCCUCUGUCGAAAACCUCGGCCGAUGGUCAUACUCACGUCAUACUUAUUGUAUGUACUGACGUUUAUCAGGUUUAUCUGUAUGGCUAUUUGUACGUUACGUGCUAUACAUUUGACGUGCCCUUCCCCCGCAAAAAGCGGCAGGCUUUUUUGUACAGAAAAUAACAGACAAGGUGUCUCCGGUUGGUUAAAUGCUCUAAAGUCGUAUCGGUCGGUAUAAAGUUAAACCUACCAGUUAAAUGGUUAAAAUGGUAGGCAUUACCUAAAUUUAUAACAGAUUCAAUUUAUAACUGUUUUAUUCUUCAAUCAGUAUAUUAUUUUUUCAUGUAAUGUAAUAUAAGGGAACUGUAAACAUGAGGAAACUGUAGCUAAUAAAAGUGUAUCCGGAGCUUGAUGAGCUUGAUGAGAUUUUAGAGUUCAAUGACCCAACCGGGAAAGCGCUAAGAUGAGACGGAGCUAGAUAUGUGUUUAUCUAUGUAAGUACAAGCAACACCGGUUUUAAGGUAAGAUGGACCGAAACCAGUAGAUAUGUCAAAUUCUCAAUUAGAUUUCCAUUGACUUAUAGCUAUGUCAAUGCAAAAUAAAAACUUUAAAUUUGGAACUAGUGACAUUGCUAAAUGUACUUAUAAAUAGUGUUAUUGCGUUCCUCGGAGUAUUUUGGCCUACUAUGUCUUAUCCAAGUUUUUUUAUAUUAACCAUAUCAGAUAAAGUAAGUUGGUUGACGUAGUUAGAUUAAUUUAUAAGUUAAUCUAUCAUUAUUGAUUGCUUAGAUAUAUCCAAUAUCUAAAAUACCUAUUUUGGACGUAACUGAAUGUUAGAACGUGUUUCGCACGCGACUGGUCUCAAAACUUCAGCUAUCUAAAAAUAUCUCAUGAUAUCUAAAAAUCGUAAGAUAACGACAGCCAUAAAUAUGUUGAAAAAUUAUUGAAAAGUUCUCACUUAAACGACGCGCGUGCGUUGCGUGCAGCGUCGCAUAAUAUAAUAUAUUCAUAGUUAAUAAUGGACCCCAGCACAACAAAUGCGCCUGAAAAGGGUCAAUCCAAUGCUGCUUUUGACGCUUCGCUAGAAGAUACGAACAAUGGAGUCAAUAUACCGACAAUUAAUGUCGUUGAAGAUGUGCCAUAUGCGGAAAACAGUAAAGAACCAUCAGCACCAGAAAAAGUAAACAUUGUAUCUCUUGAAUCGGAUAAGAUAGAAGACCGAACACAAAGUCGUCCAAAAUGGGACAACGCCAUAGAGUUCCUAAUGUCCUGCAUAGCCACGUCCGUGGGCCUCGGCAACGUCUGGCGGUUUCCCUUUGUCGCGUACCAAAACGGCGGAGGAGCCUUCCUCAUCCCCUAUAUCAUAGUGCUUUUAGUUAUAGGAAAACCUAUGUACUAUCUGGAAACAGUACUUGGACAAUUCAGCAGCAGUAACUGUGUAAAAAUAUGGGCUCUUUCGCCGGCCAUGAAAGGCACUGGUUACGCGCAAGCCCUAGGAGCAGGUUAUGUUCUUUCCUACUACGUGUCCAUCAUCGCGUUAUGUCUUUAUUACUUGGUGAUGAGUUUCCAAUCAACGCUACCCUGGGCCGUAUGCCGGGACGAGUGGGAAAACUGCGUGCCUUCGGGAGAGUCCGUCAAUGCAAGCCAAUUGGAAGGAAAUGCAGUAAGCAGCGCUGAAUUAUACUUCACACACUCGGUACUUCGUCAAUCAGAUGGGAUCCACAACGGAAUUGGGUUGCCACUUUGGGAUUUAACGAUAUGCCUGUUGGUGUCAUGGAUUAUCAUCUUCUUGAUUGUGGCGCGAGGAGUCAAGAGUUCGGGCAAGGCUGCCUAUUUCUUGGCUAUCUUCCCCUACGUCGUGCUCUUCAUCCUGCUUAUCAGGGCUGUAACUCUUCCUGGUGCAGGAAAAGGCAUAAUGUUCUUUAUAACACCUGAAUGGGAGAAAAUUCUAAGAUUAGAGGUGUGGUAUGCUGCCGUGACCCAAGUAUUCUUCUCGCUCUCCGUGUGUUCUGGGGCUCUCAUCAUGUUUGCUUCUUACAAUGGAUUCAGAUCAAACGUUUACAGAGAUUCCAUGAUCGUAACUACCUUGGAUACGUUCACAAGUUUAAUAUCGGGUAUAACCAUCUUCGGUGUCCUCGGCAACUUGGCUUACGAAUUGGGUUACGAUAAUGUGGAAGAUGUCGUUGGUAGCGGCGGAACCAGCCUUGCCUUCAUUUCGUACCCUGAUGCCAUCGCCAAGUCACCAUUUGUACCACAGCUGUUUGCGGUCCUGUUCUUCCUCAUGAUGGCCGUGCUCGGCAUCGGCUCCGGCGUCGCUCUGCUAUCCACGCUCAACACCGUUCUGCUGGAUGCCUUCCCGAGGGUACCCACUAUCUUCAUGGCCUCCGGCGCGUGCACCGCCGGGUUCCUCGUGGGACUCGUAUAUGUGACGCCGGGUGGACAAUACAUUCUUGAGAUUGUCGAUUAUUACGGAGGAACGUUCAUGCGACUUUUCGCUGCUAUUGCGGAAACUAUUGCUGUGUUUUGGAUUUAUGGUCUGGAGAACCUUUGCGUCGACAUUGAAUUUAUGUUGGGUAUUAAGACUAGUUGGUAUUGGCGCAUAUGCUGGUCUAUCGUCACUCCAAUUGUGAUGAUUACUGUCUUCAUGUACGCGAUGGUGACAACCGAAGCUCUUGUCUUUGGAGGCACAUACGUAUAUCCGAGCGCUGCCUAUAUUGCUGGUAACAUGCUGCAGUAUAUAGGAAUGGCGCUGAUCCCUAUCUUUAUUGUGGCGUCUGUAUGGAAGUACACAUCUCCUACAUUUACUGAGACUGUGAAGCGCGCGUUCAAGAAGAAGCCCAAUUAUGGUCCAUCAGAACCGGGUCUGCGGGAAGACUGGCGGCAGUUCAGCCUGCAGGCCAAGCGCGAUCGGGAGUCCGUGAACAACAACUGGUUACAGCGUAUCGGGCGAAGCCUCGUAGGAGGACAUCGGAAGAAACAAUAAAACCCUAAACUAGAGGUCGACAAACUUUUGGGAAGAAGUACACAUCGCCAGUUUUAGGAAGCGAAAAUAACCACAAACGUUGAUUUUAGUGGUCUAAGGAUGCUGAUUACAUAUUUUGUGUAACUUGAGCUCGCGAGCUGCGAUUUGCCGACCCCCAGCCCUAAACAUAUAUUAUGAUAUCUCAUUGUAUUAAAUAAAAUAAUUAUUUAUUUCUAAA